AUGUGUUUUCAAUGUCAUAUGCCAAUUCAAUGCAAAUCAGGAUUUUGUUUUGGUGAUUAUUGUGUUAAAAGUAUUGUUGCAAAUAAAUAUGUUAGUAAAGGAUGUGAAAAUAAAACAAAAAAUGGAGGAAAUUAUUUUGAAGGAAGGGGAAAUGAAGGGAGGGGGGAUAUUCUAGUACAACAACAAAAUUUUGGGGAGUCUUUUUAUGUUUCUGUCAGAUCAUUAGAAGAAGAAAAAGAGAAUCAAUUAAUUAAAUCCUCUACUAAAUAUCCAAAUAAAUCUAAUAGCAAUAAAAUGACUUCAUUGGGAGUUGCUGUGCCUAAUGGAUGUAUUAAAAUGAAUGUAUUUGGACAGCCAAAUAUAAUUUGUUAUUGUAAUGAUGCUGAUUACUGUAAUGGAGGAGGGGGAGGAGGAGGAAGAGAUUUGAAAAAACAAACUAAAAUUUUUAUUCUAAUAAUUAUUUUUAUUUUUUUAAUAAAUAUUUAA